UGGUCUACUUAGCAAGGCUGUAAUCCUCUUAGCGUCUGUAAGCAGCAGAGCUAACAUCCUGACUGUGUGCAGAUUGUCCUGUCCUGCUUCAGAUGCUCACCACCACACACACCACACACACCACAGCGCACCACAGUAGCGCACCACCACACACACCACAGCGCACCACAGCAGCGCAGCACAACCCAGGAGCUCCACAGGCCCUGGAGCGCUAGCAUGCUCCCCUCUCUGGCCUGAAAUAUGCACCUUCCCCCGCUGGGCCAGUGGGUGGACCGAGCUGCGGAGGAACUCUUGCUGGGGCUCCUGCAGGUGAGGAUGUUGGGCAGUGGGAGCAGGAAGUGGUUCGUGAGGAGGAAGCAGAGGAAGCAGCCCGACAGUGGCGCCAGGAAGCUGGUGACCAGGAAGAGGAAGAAGUGGGCCGCCAGGAUCCUGAAGCGUCAUCGCGCCACCAUCCUCAACCAGCUGGACGUGGCCAAGGUGCUGCCGCACCUGGUCUACGCCAAGGUGUUCUCCCCCGCCGAGUACAAGGAGAUCCUGGGCCACGAGAGCCAGAGCAAGAGGGCAGAGCUUUUCCUGGAGCAACUGUCCGCCAAGGGGCCCGGGGCCGUGUACGCAUUCUGCUCCGUGCUGGAGGAGGUGUGCCCACACAUGCUCACCUGCUUUCUGCUGGAGGGAGAUGGUCAGACACACACCUUUAAGAAUGGGUCCUCCUGCCACAGAGCCAAGCAGGGGCAAGUUAUACCCCACAACCAUGACAACGACCACUCCAUAGGGCGGGAAGCCAUGCGUUUGCCCCCCAUGUACUCAGACCCUCUCUUUGACAGCAGGGUGUACAUCAAAAAACAAAAGAAGUUCCCCCCUGACACUGACGAGGAAUCGGUGACCGAGGGCUCGACCGCCAGCACCGCACAGGGCAAACCCUCCCUGCGCCGCAUCAAGGGCCGCAUCCACCGCAGCAAGAGCCUCGACAGCCUCGACCUGCUCGACUCCAAUAGUGCAGUGAUGGAGGAGACCGUAAUCUGGGAACAGCACACAGUCACUCUCCACAGGGCACCAGGGUUUGGGUUCGGGAUUGCCAUCUCGGGUGGGCGGGACAACCCCCACUUCCAGAGCGGUGAGACGUCUAUCGUCAUCUCAGAUGUCCUGAAGGGCGGCCCAGCCGAAGGCCUGCUGCAAGAAAAUGACCGCGUCGUCAUGGUCAACGCCGUCUCCAUGGACAACGUGGAGCACGCGUAUGCCGUGCAGCAGCUGCGGAAGAGUGGCAAGAAUGCAAAGAUUACUAUCCGGCGGAAGCGGAAGGUCCAGAUCCCGAUGGGCCGCCUGGGCGAGCGCGAGACGAUGUCGGAGCACGAGGACGACGAGGACAGCUACGAGGACGAGAUCUACGAGGUGCGCAGCGGGCGCAGCGGGCCCAGUGCCUACAGCGGCGGGCGGCGGAGCGGGCGCGGCGAGAGGGGCAGCGUGGGGCGGCGGGAACGCGAGCGGGAGCGCAGCGGCUCCCGCGAGAGGAGUAUGUCCCCGCGCUCCGACCGCCGCUCCAUCGGCUCCAAUGGCCCGCCCCGCCCAGCCAAGGUCACACUCGUCAAGUCCCGCAAGAAUGAAGCAGAAUAUGGGCUGCGGCUGGCCAGCCACAUCUUCGUUAAGGACAUCUCUCCUGAGAGCCUCGCAGCCAGAGAUGGCAACAUCCAGGAGGGGGAUGUAGUGCUUAAGAUCAAUGGCACGGUGACGGAGAACCUGUCCCUGAUUGAUGCCAAGAAGCUGAUCGAAAGGUCAAAGGGCAAGCUGAAGAUGGUGGUGCAGAGGGACGAUCGGGCGACGCUGCUCAACAUCCCCGACCUCGACGACAGCAUCCCCUCCGGCAACGCCUCCGACAGAGAUGACAUUUCAGACAUCCACUCGGUGGCGUCGGAUCAUUCCAACCGUUCCCACGAGCGUCGUCGUAGCAGCCGCUCUCGCUCCCCAGACCGCCGUUCUGAGCCCUCCGACCACUCCAGACACUCGCCACCGCAGAUCAGCAACGGCAGCUGGAGGAUCCUGAGGCGUUCAGGGCCUUUCUUACACAGAAUCAUACCCCUGAGUCGCUUUUCUGCAUCAUGGAAGGACAGGACUUUCCUGACUUUGGCACUAUUACCAAUGGUGAUCUCCAACAAGCAUUUCAAUCUCGUGUGUGUGUGUGUGUGUGUGUGUGUGUGUGUGUGUGUCUCCCCCAGAGCGGAGCAGCUGUCCAGUGUGCAGUACACGCUACCCAAGACUCCGGGCGGAGACCGAGCCGACUUCUGGCGGUUCCGUGGCCUGCGCAGCUCCAAACGGAACCUGAGGAAGAGCCGAGAGGACCUGAGCGCCCAGCCAGUCCAGACCAAAUUCCCCGCCUACGAGAGAGUCGUUCUGAGAGAGGCUGGGUUCCUGCGUCCUGUGGUGAUCUUCGGGCCCAUCGCUGAUGUGGCACGAGAGAAGCUCUCCAGGGAGGAGCAAGACCACUACGAGCUGGCCAAGAGUGAGCCUCGAGAUGCCGGGACUGAUCAGCGUAGCUCUGGAAUCAUCCGCCUUCACACCAUCAAAACGAUCAUAGACCGGGACAGACACGCUCUGCUGGACAUUACUCCUAAUGCAGUGGACCGUCUGAACUACGCGCAGUGGUACCCCAUCGUGGUCUUCCUCAACCCCGACAGCAAGCAGGGCGUGAAGAACAUGAGGACGCGCCUGUGCCCCGAGUCCCGCAAGAGUGCGCGCAAGCUCUACGAGAGGGCCCUCAAACUGAGGAAGAACAACAGCCACCUCUUCACCACGACCAUCAACAUGAACAACAUGAAUGACGGCUGGUAUGGGGCGCUGAAGGAGACGGCGCAGCAGCAGCAGAAUCAGUUGGUCUGGGUCUCAGAGGGCAAGGCGGACGGUGCCCCCGAGGACGACCUGGACAUCCACGACGACCGUCUGUCGUACCUGUCUGCGCCGGGCAGCGAGUACAGCAUGUACAGCACGGACAGCCGCCACACCUCCGACUACGAGGACACGGACACGGAGGGCGGCGCCUACACCGACCAGGAGCUGGACGAGACGCUCAACGACGAGGCGGGGCCCCCCCCUGAGCCGGCCAUCACCCGCUCCAGCGAACCGGUGCGCGACGAGCCGCCGGUCAUCCAGGACGCCACAGGUUACCCCGGAUACCAGCGUGGCCCCGCCCCUGUCGGCGCCGCCACCACCACACACAACGCCCACACUCCGCCCGAACCACAGCCCCUCACCGCCGGGGCUCGCAUCGACCCCGCAGGGUUCAAAGGCCCCGCCCCGCAGCAGGCUGAGGUUGUGGGCGUGUCCGUGUCGCCCUCCCUCCCCUCGCCUACCGUGGCGACCUCCACAGGCCCCGCCUCUUCCUCCGGCACCCAGCUGGCGGGUACGAGCCCCUCGGAGCCCCUUAGCCCCGCCCCCGAACCCAACCCCCGCCCAGAACCCGACCCCCAGCCCCCACCACUCGACCCCCACCAGCCGCCUGUGCCCACCCUCUCACCUGGGCCCCAACCUCAGAUGUAUGAGAAGGAGCUGCACAGCAUGGACGAGACGGUGCGGGUGAACCACAGCAUGAAGCCGGCGGGGCCCCCACCAUCUGGCCAGCAGGGGGCCCCCUACACCCACCAGCAGCCGUACCGUGACUACGAGCACCCGCCCUACGCCUACGACCCCCCCCAGUCCAAACCACACGGCUACGAGCCCCACCCCCACUACGACCAGCGCGCCCCCGUCUACGCCGAGCAGCAGUGGUCCCCCUACGAGCAGCAGCCCCCCCCCCAGCUGCCCCCGCCCUCCAGCUCCUCCUACCACCAGCCCCCGCUGGGCUACGGCGCGCGCUCCCCUUACGAGGACGGCCCCACGCGGGACUACAGCCCUCGCUACGACGACAGCCCUCGCUAUGACGACGGCCCUCGCUACGACGACGCCCCUGCCGGCUACGAUGGCAGGCCACGCCACGCCAAGUCCCCCGGCCCGGCCCGCUACGAGGAGCCCCCGGCCCCUCCGCCCGCGGCGACCUACGAGGCGCGUUCCCCCUACGAGCCCGAGCCUCACGCCUACCCCGCCCGCUCCCCGGACCCGCCCAAGCACUACUACGGCGACACCCCCCGCUCGGCCUACACCCCGGGGCCCGGGGGCCGACCCUACGGCUCAGACGCCCCGCCCCCACCCCCGCCCAAACCAGAGGCGCUGCUGUCGCCAGGGGAACCGGCGCUGGGCUCCAAGCCCCUCCCACCGGCGCCUCGGGGCGAUCCGGAAGACGACCCCGCCAUGAAGCCGCAGUCCGUGCUCAACCGGGUCAAGAUGUUCGAGAACAAGCGAUCUGUGUCCGUGGACCGCGCCAAGGAGGCCGGGGACUCCGGUGGCAUCAGGCCCACAGAUCUGCCCAGACCCGUGAUGACUCCUGGGCCUGUGCUAAAAGCCAACUCCCUCAGCAACCUGGAACAGGAGAAGACUUCCUACAGAGCCCCAGAGCCUCAGAGGCCCCAGUCGAAGGGUCCGGUGGACGGGGUCCUGCGCUCCAACCACCACGACCCUGAGGAGGACGAGGAGGACUACAGGAAGCAGCUCUCCUACUUCGACCGCAGGAACUUCGACAACAAAGCCCCCGCAGUCAACCGCUUCCACGACAUGGCCAAGCCCACACAGCUGGGCUACCCCUACUCCAGGGCGGAGUCUGUGGAGAAGAGCAGCCCAGUGGAGAAGAGAUACGAACCCGUCAAUCAGAUUAGCCCCUCCCCCUCUCAGUACGCCCCCCCAGCCCCACCCACAUCGCUCCCCAAACUCACCCCCGCAGAGGUGAAUUCUCUGCCUGAGCCCCUCAACUCUCCCCAAGCCAAGCCAGACGUGUUGGGCCUGAGGGGUCCCCCUCGUGAGGACAGCUACCUGCCCCCCAAGCCCCCGGUCAACGGCACGGAUGUGCCCCCCAAGAGCGUGAGCGCCCCCGCCCCCACCAGCUACAACCGCUACGUCCCCAAGCCGUACACCAGCUCCGCCCGGCCCUUCGAGCGCAAGUUCGAGAGCCCCAAGUUCAACCACAACCUGCUGCCCAACGAGAGCCAGAGCAAGAGCGGCCCGGGGAACCCCCCGCCCAAACCCCAGCUCUCACCGCAGCCCGUCGACCACGACAGCGGCGUCGACACCUUCACACGCACCAUCGACAACCGCCCCAAAUACCAGCACAACAACAUCUCCUCUCUGCCCAAGGCCGUGCCCGUCAGCCCCAGUGCGCUGGAGGAGGAUGAUGAGGAUGACGGGCACACGGUGGUUGCCACGGCGAGGGGCAUCUUCAACUGUAACGGGGGCGUGCUGAGCUCCAUAGAGACGGGCGUGAGCAUCAUCAUCCCGCAGGGGGCCAUCCCUGACGGCGUGGAGCAGGAGAUCUACUUCAAGGUGUGCCGUGACAACAGCAUCCUGCCCCCGCUCGACAAGGAGAAAGGAGAGACGCUGCUGAGUCCCCUGGUGAUGUGCGGUCCCCAUGGCCUGAAGUUCCAGAAGCCUGUGGAGCUGCGCCUCCCUCACUGUGCGUCUAUGACCCCUGAUGGUUGGUCUUUUGCUCUAAAAUCCUCCGACUCCUCGUCGGGUGACCCCAAGAGCUGGCAGAACAAGUCCCUCCCCGGGGACCCCAACUACCUGGUGGGGGCCAACUGCGUGUCCGUGCUCAUCGACCACUUCUGACGAGGGCGACAGCUGGCCUGUUACUGAAUGUGACUCUACUGUGGAGGGGGGGGCCCAUCCCCCCCCCCCCCCCCCCCCCCCUCCCCCCAAACCAGGGGGUUCGGCUCCAUGUAUUUUCUCCUCUCCUUUUUGCCGAUCUUGUUUUACACCCCAAAAAAAACACCGUCAUCGUCAUCGGGGGAAGGAGCUGCCCAGCACCUAACCCCCACCCCAACCCCCACCUCCACCUGUGCAGUCGCCAACCCCCACUUUUCUUUCUUUCUUUUUUUUUUUUUUUUUUUAAAAAGAGAAGAAAAAAAAAAUCAUUUUUGGUGCUUGAAAGCUUGCAAAAAAUGACAUACCAAUAAAUGACUUGUACCUAACUGAAGUAUUGGAACUGUAAUGGCUGCAUGACUGAGUUCCCAAUCUGGCUUUUUCAGCCCAGUUUUCUACUAAACCGAAGAGCAAAAUAUAAAACAGUCAGGAGGAGCCGGAGGUCAAAUAUAAUAUAGAAAAUUACAAUAAUAAGUUUAAACAUUGCAUCGAGAAUUCUGCUUAUAUGCUCAGAAACAGAAAAGUUGAUGUAUGCAGAACUUUUUUGUUUGUGAGGACUGUGGUCGUGUUUAUUUUUUUGGGGGGGGGUGGGAUCGGGGAUGGGAUGCUGAAGGAUUUUAGAAGAGCUAUGGAAUGCUGAGCCCAUGAAGAGGGUGCUGAAGGAUUCUGGGAGAUGUAGUCUUUAGAGACAUGAAGGUCACCGAUGAAGGAUACUAAGAGAAAAGAACUGCUGAAGGACUUCCAUGUGCACCUUUCGUGGGCUCCCUGUCGUGUGUAAAGCUGACCUUUUCUAGUGAUGUUUUACUGUAGACUAACUGACUUUGGGUAGAGCUGACCUUUUCUAGUCAUGUUUUACUGUAGACUGACUUUGGGUAGAGCUGACUUUUUCUAGUCAUGUUUUACUGUAGACUGACUUUGGUUUUCCAAAUCUCCUGCUGUCUAGAGAUCUAUGCAUGUGCAAAGACUCAGGUCCAGAAGCCUGCUACUAAGUUCAAGACACACGCACGCACACCAACACAUACACACAUACAGACACACACGCAUGCACGCACACACACACAUACGCAAGCACACACACACACACACACACACACACACACACACACACACACACACAUACACACACACACAUACGCACACACCCUGUUCCUUCCCAUUCUACACUGCAAACAGUGAUGCCUUAUCUGCAUAAGUCCUUUUUCUUUCCAGUAUAUCUGAUUAAACUAAAAAAAGUAAAACAAAACAGAUGUCACAUUUAAGUUGUAGCAGUAAGUUAUGGAAAAAAAAAAAAAAGAUCAACGUCGUCUCUUGCCAUUCACAACCCAUUAUGUCGAUGAACUUGGACUUAGCACACAAUAACCGAGGCUAGCAAACAGGUAUGCUUUCUUUUCCGCCUAUGCAGAAGAAGUCAAAUGAAGAAAAAAAAAAGAAAAACACUGAACGAAAACCCUAGGUGAUGUUUGAACUUGUUGCUGUACAUAAUGCUAGUAUAUGGCCUUGGUUUGCUGUAAAUUACCUUUUGUACAUGUUUGUUAUUUUGUAUAAAACUAAAGAGGAAAAUGUUUCUUAAAAAAAGGAAAAGAAAACUGACAUUGGUUAUGUUUGUAUUCUGGCUAUACCCCUGGGCCUUGGAACUUAGCAGUCAUAAAAACAACCUUUUCUACCAAUAUAUAUAUAUAUAUAAAAAUAAAUAUAUGAAUAAAUAUAUAUAUAUAAACACACUAUUUAAAGGCAUUUUUAACAGUCAGAAACUUUUUAUUCUUAUUUACGAAAUGGAAAGUGCUUGGUUGAACUAAUUUAAAGAAUCUGUCUGCGCUGGUCUGCUGUGGUUGGCAGACGUCAUCCUUUAUUUGUGAUACUGGAUGCUGUGCUGGUGCCCCUCAAAUGUAUUUUUGUACUAAUAGACGAUUUAUCACGGCACAUCAGUACUGGUUUUCUUUUGAUAAAACAGCUUGAAUCCAGUUUUACUUUCUCUCCGUCUGGCUGACUUUCUUUUUGUUUGUUUAUUUUUCCUUUUAUUCUUUUCUUUGCAACACAUUUCUAAGUAUACCACUGAAUUAAUAAAUAAAUUCAUUUUUAAAGUA